ACUUCUUUGACUGCUUCGUGUCGCUUGAUUCCUCCCACACUUUUCUUAUGUCACAACAAUCAUUGACGUGUUAUCAGUGUCUUCGUACGAGGAAAGAUCCAAAAUGAGAUCCUGUAAACCUUUGCUGGUCUAUUUAAUUCUCCUUCAAUCGAGUAACAAACCAUUUAUGGAAAGGACCCCGAAUAGCGCGAAAGCUACUCACCUCCAGGAAUAUCCGAUUUCUCUACCACGUAACUUAACCAAGAACUACAACGUAAUGGCUGCAACUGAUGGACAAAACGUUAGAAAUAUUCAGACACUCCGGUCGUCUUUGUCGCAAAAAGGAAAUGAUUUUUCGUGGAAGGAUAGCGAAGUAUUGGCAACAUUGCUACUUGGCAUCAUUAGAUCUCAGUUGUCGCAGUGUGUCUUAGCAAUAGUGUGGGAGUCCUUCUUGGCAAGAUCUGUGCUGACGGACAGUCUAUCGCUCCUCUCCAAUGUCAAACAGGUUGUGGGAGACGGGGUGGUAAGCAGGUUACAGUGGCGGGCAAAGCAAUGCCGGGCCUACAUCUUCCUGCUAACUGAGCCUUCUUCUUUGAUGUACCAGGCCGAGUAUGCUGCACAAGAUGCCUGGGAUUAUUCAGGCAGACUGGUGAUUGUCGGUCUCAACAGAUCUGAAAUCGAUGCCCUCAUAAAUACUAAGAAAGGCCGCAAGACUGAACAUAUCCUGGGAAUCGUUCAGAAUAACGCUGGGCAAUUCACAGUGUUCACAAAUAUGUUGUACAAGAAGGACACUCUUGCUCCCGUCUUCACCUGGCGAAAGUCCGUCUUCACUAAUCCGAAGUACUCACUUCAGCUAAACAUUAAACCAAGGAGUUAUCCUGAGACUGCAAGACUCAUAAUGAAGCAUCCAACGACUAUUCCAAAAUUCACACAACCACUCUUCCCUGACAAAAUAAAAAAUCUCCAGGGUUCUACUCUGACAGUGGCAACGUUUCACUUCCCCCCGGAGAUCAUAUAUCGAUAUGAUGCAAACGGUAACGUGCUGGACAGGUACGGAGGGAACGUCCGGAUGGUAGAAACUGUCGCUGAGAUAUUCAACUUUUCUAUGCAUUACAUUGAGCCGCCACAUGGUAUUCUGUGGGGAUAUGAACUGGCGAACGGAUCUUGGACGGGCUUGGUGGGCGUGUUUGAAAGAGGAGAGGGGGACAUAGGCAUUGCUAACCUUUUCAUCUCGGAUUUGGGAGGACGACACAAGUAUCAACACUAUACGUCAUCAUACGGACAGCAGACGACGUGCUUCAUGCUCAAGAAAGGAACAAAGAUGCCCCGGUGGCAAUCCCUUGCACUACCCUUCACGGGGGACACGUGGAUCGCCGUUUUGGUGAUGGCUAUAUUCCUGGGCCCGAUCUUCUUCGUUCUGUCUCGGCCCCACGUCACCAGCGACGAAAAGCUCAGCGGACAGUCCCUGGCAUUCAUGAACCUUUACACUUUUGGGGUUCAUCUGAAAGUUGCUCAAACUCGGCUUCCAGUUCGCGUCAGUCUCCAGAUAUUUGUGGGCAUCAUGUGGGUGUAUGUGAUAAUAGUCUUGGAAGCGUAUUGUGCAAAACUGGUGUCCUUCCUUACUGUGGAAAGAAUCCCCCCUGGUGUUAACACAUUUGAUGAACUCCACCGGUCUUCUCUUCCCAUUUAUGGUAAUACGCCUUUCUAUAAGGACAAUCUGGCUCUCUCUCAAAAUCUACAUGCAAGAAAACUGGCAGCUCAGUACAGUGUAAUGAUGGACUUCGAGGAGGUUUACAAGCAUCUGAUAGCUGGGCGGGGCGCGUACAUGGCCUCGCGUAACAACCUCAUCUACACAAUAUCACUGUAUUCCAAGAGCGGCAUACCUACCCUCAGACUGAUGAAGGAGUGCUUCCAGCCAUACAGCACGGCCUUAGGGGUACAGAGUAACUCUCCACUCAAACGAAGUCUGAACCGAGCCGUGACCUGGAUCGCGGAGUCCGGCAUGCCAUACCAAUGGGUGCGAGAGACGCUUAUGAUUGUUCGGAAGGACAGGAGGGCAACAUCCAACGACACCAUAGACAUCAUUGCUACUGAGAGUGGAAGCCGUGUCUCUUUCACCCUGGAACACCUGCAAGGUGUGUUCAUCAUGUUUGGAGUCGGUUGCGGCCUGUCGUUUCUUGUGUUCCUUACUGAGAUCCCCUUUUAGCACCUGCCCCUUUCGCUUUCCAUCCCGUACCUAUAUCGAACACUCUCUACCGUUAUUACGAAAUACUUGUGAAUAAAGCUUUUGGUAUUAUUUAUAUAGUUUAUGGAUGAGGGAAAAUUAUUGCAAUGAUCAGUGAUUCAAAACUUAGUUUCUCCACUUUUUUUUUUUUAAGCUAAAUAAAACAAUAAUGUCUCAUUAUUCGUUGACUUUUCUCUUUGAACAUUCUUGGAUUGUCCACAACAAGAUGUUAAAUUUCAAUUAUGGUAAGAUCAGGUGGCGUUCUCUGCAAUGAUUUUCAUCUCUGGUAUAUAGUUUGCGUAUGUAUGGCAUUUCCUUUUUCUGCUAAAUUUCUUAUCCUCGGAGGCGAUCCCUGGUGGUCACAAUGAAACGCAUACUUUCUUAUUGUGAUCGUUGGGUUAUGAAAUAAAAUUCUAC